CGAAAGUUGGGAGACGAUGGCGACCGAACUGUUUGAGGAUAUCUUCGAGGUGCGCCAGCUCAACCCGGAUGGCAAGAAGUUUGACAAAGUGACCCGCGUGGUAUGCAAGGGUGUGUCGUACGAGCUGGAGCUGACGCUGGACAUCAACUCCGAGGUCUACCGUCUUCGUCAGAACGAGAAGUUCACGCUAGCGCUCGUAAGCACGCUGGACCUGGAAGGCAAGCCGGAUGAUGGCAUCUUUAACCAGUCGGGCAAGCCGACACUUCUGGACCGUUAUGACUACGGUAUGUAUGGCAAGGUGUUCCAGUACGACCACGAGGGAGGAAACAUGGUGGCUAUUUACGCCAGCUUCGGCGGACUGCUCAUGUGUCUGCGUGGCGAGCAGCGUCAUUUGCACAUGAUUCACAACGACACACGGAUUUACUGUCUUCUCCGAAAACAGUGAACGAGAAAUGGAGAGCUCAGCGCGACUAUAAACGCAAGGACUGGUGCCAUCACGAUGCAACCAGGCAGGUCAGCAGGGCUGUGCGAAUAGCAGGCAGUGCAUCACAGCUCUUUUGGACAGUUUUGACGCAACCUGUGAUACAUUAUUACGCUGCGUUCCUCCUUGUUGUCACAUGCCAAGCCACUCAAGCCACCAGCAAAAAUGCAACGUGUUUUUAGCCUUUA